AUGAAUAUUAGAAUUAAAACAUUAUUUAUUGUUGCCUGUUUGGCACUCUCAGUUGUUUCAUCAACAUCUCUGCAAAAUGAGGAUAUUGAAAACUUUAGAAAUCAAGUUAGAUUACUUCGUGCCCUUAAUGAAUAUGACGGACUCCUCACAUCGCUCCUUGGAACUGGUCUCCUCGGAAAGAAUGGUGAAUUUGCCAACAACAACAAUAACAACCUUUUCAAUGCCGAAAAUGCUGCAGAUGAAGGUCUCUUGACCUCACUCCUCGGAACUGGUCUCCUCGGAAAGAACGGUGAAUUUGGAAACAACGCCAACAGCAACUUGAAUGAAUACAGACGUCAAUUGGCCUUCCUCCAGGCUGUCAGCCAAGAAAACCUCAUUGGAUCAGUCGUUGGAACUGGUCUCCUUGCUGGUCUCCUUGGAAAGAACGCCGAUGAAGAAGCAUUCAAUGAAGGUCUCUUGACCUCACUCCUCGGAACUGGUCUCCUCGGAAAGAACGGUGAAUUUGCCAAUAACAACAAUAACAACAACAUUGAAGAGUAUCAACGUCAAUUGGCUGUUCUCCGUGCUCUCAACUCUGAAAACGGUCUCUUGUCAUCACUUCUCGGAACUGGUCUCCUCGGAAAGCUCGACAACAACAACAACAACAAUGAAGAAAAUGAUCUAGUUGAUGGUCUCUUGACUUCACUCCUCGGAACUGGGCUCCUCGGAAAGAAUGGUGAAUUUGGUAACAAUGCCAACAGCAACUUGAAUGAGUACAGACGUCAAUUGGCCUUCCUCCAAGCUGUCAGCCAAGAAAACCUCAUUGGAUCAGUCGUUGGAACUGGUCUCCUUGCUGGUCUCCUUGGAAAGAACGCUGACGAAGAAGCAUUCAACGAAGGUCUAUUGACCUCACUCCUCGGAACUGGUCUCCUCGGAAAGAAUGGUGAAUUUGCCAAUAACAACAAUAACAACAACAUUGAAGAGUAUCAACGUCAAUUGGCUGUUCUCCGUGCUCUCAGCUCUGACAAUGGUCUCUUGUCAUCACUUCUCGGAACUGGUCUCCUCGGAAAGCUCGACAACAACAACAACAACAAUGAAGAAAAUGAUCUAGUUGAUGGUCUCUUGACUUUCACUCCUCGGAACUGGUCUCCUCGGGAAAGAACGGCGAAAUUUGGAAACAACGCCAACAGCAACUUGAAUGAGUACAGACGUCAAUUGGCCUUCCUCCAAGCUGUCAGCCAAGAAAACCUCAUUGGAUCAGUCGUUGGAACUGGUCUCCUUGCUGGUCUCCUUGGAAAGAACGCCGAUGAAGAAGCAUUCAAUGAAGGUCUCUUGACCUCACUCCUCGGAACUGGUCUCCUCGGAAAGAACGGUGAAUUUGGAAACAACGCCAACAGCAACUUGAAUGAAUACAGACGUCAAUUGGCCUUCCUCCAGGCUGUCAGCCAAGAAAACCUCAUUGGAUCAGUCGUUGGAACUGGUCUCCUUGCUGGUCUCCUUGGAAAGAACGCCGAUGAAGAAGCAUUCAAUGACGGUCUCUUGACCUCACUCCUCGGAACUGGUCUCCUCGGAAAGAACGGUGAAUUUGCCAACAACAACAAUAACAACAACAACAUCGAAGAGUAUCAACGACAAUUGGCUGUUCUCCGUGCUCUCAGUGCUGAUAAUGGUCUCUUGUCAUCACUCCUCGGAACUGGUCUCCUUGGAAAGCUCGACAACAACAACAACAACAAUGAAGAAAAUGAUCUAGUUGAUGGUCUCUUGACAUCACUCUUUGGAACUGGUCUCAUUGGAAAGAAUGGUGAAUACUACAACAACAAUAAUAAUAACAACAACAACAACGCCAAUAUCAAUGAGUAUCAACGCCAAUUGGAUAUUCUCCGUGCUCUCAGUGCUGACAAUGGUCUCUUGUCGUCACUCCUCGGAACUGGUCUCCUUGGAAAGCUCGGUAACAACAAUGAAAACAACAACUUCAACGAAAACUUCAACAAUGAAUUCGAAAUCAACCAAUCCCCAGCCCUCGUCCACUAA